AUGAGGAGGGUGACGGCAUCCACGUUCCAUCUGACGGUCACGGUUGCAGCUCUCCUGUAUUUCUGCACCGAGCUGCGCUGUGUGGAGAUCACACCCGAUGACAAAGAGCUCAUCCUGGCUGAAGGCUCCUCUCUCACCCUCACCUGCUCAGGCUCAGGGGACACGACCUGGGAGUUCAAGAGGGAAGAUGUGCCGUACUUCCAAGUGGAACAAGUUCCAAAUGGUGGUCCAAGCUACCAAAUUGAGCAAAGCAGCGUCACAUCCAGUGUUUUGACCUUGUGGAACAUGAGCUGGAAGCACACGGGGGUGUAUCAGUGCAUUGAUCGACACACUGGAGAAACUAAGGAGGUGGCUGUUUUUGUUCCAGACCCUGAUGUGUGGUUCGUAGAGAGCAUCCACGGCAUGGUAACAAAGACCAGUGACGAGAGCACUGUCCCCUGUGUGGUCACCAAUCCGAACAUCAAUGUCACCCUGUAUGAGAGGGACACUGGUCUGCCCAUCAUGGGGCUUUAUGUCCCUAGUGAGGGGUUCAAGGCACCGCUGGAGGACAGGACAUAUGUGUGUCGUGGAGAGCUGAACACAGAGGUGAAGGUGUCUCAGGACUUCUACGUCUUCAGCGUCGUCGUCCCAGAGGCCAUCGACGUCUACAUCAAUGCGUCAAACACCGUGUUGAAGCAGGGCGAACCACUGACAGUAAACUGCACAGUGCACGGAGUGGAGCUCUUGUCUUUUUACUGGGAUAUCCCCAACAGAGAGGAGGUCGAGCCGCAGACAGAAAUCGUGUCUACCGUGAACUUGCGCUCCUGCCUGAUCUUCCCUCAUGCCACGGUGGCCCACAGCGGCAACUACAUCUGCGAUGUCCACGAGGGUGUCAAAGGCCAGACUGCCUCUGCCAGCGUCAACAUCACUGUGCUCGAGCGAGGCUUUGUGGACGUGAAGACUGCUCACAAACAAAACAUUUCAGCCAAGCUACAAGAGAAUGUGGAGCUGAGAGUGGAGAUUGAAGCCUACCCUCCCCCUCAGGUUCGCUGGAGCAAAGAUGGCGCCACCAUCAAGGGAGACAAACCCAUCACUACCAGACAAGAGCAUGAGAUCAGGUAUGUCACUAUUCUCACCUUGAUGAGGGUAAGGACUGAGCAGAAGGGACUCUACAGUGUCCUUGUCACAAAUGGAGAUGACACAAAGAAAGUGACCUUUGACCUGGAGGUCCAAGUUCCCUCUCAGAUUAAAGACCUGACUGACCACCAUCUCGCUGGGAACAGACACUUGGUGACCUGUGUAGCUGAGGGGGUCCCAACCCCGACCAUCCAGUGGUACAGCUGUGACAGCAUGCACAAGUGUAGCAACCAGACAGCGGCGUGGCAGCAGCUGGUAGCAGAGCCGGAGGUGCUGAGCAUCAGGACCAACGUCAGCUACAGCGAGACUCGUAAAACCAGCCAGGUGCAGAGCCAAGUGACCUUCCACAAGCCCCAGCAGGUCACAGUGCGCUGUGAGACCAGCAACCAAGCAGGACUCCUCGACAGAAGAGACGUCAAACUGGUGUCCAACACGCUGUUCUCCCAGGUGGCAGUAUUGGCUGCUGUUUUAGCCUUAGUGGUCAUUAUUAUCAUAUCCAUCAUCAUCCUCAUUGCAGUAUGGAGGAAGAAACCUCGCUAUGAGAUCAGAUGGAAGGUGAUAGAGUCUGUGAGCCAGGAAGGUCACGAGUACAUCUAUGUGGAUCCCAUCCACCUGCCCUACGACCUGGCUUGGGAAAUGCAGCGAGACAACCUGGUGCUGGGGCGCACUCUUGGAUCAGGAGCCUUUGGCAGGGUGGUCGAGGCAACCGCGUAUGGUCUCACUCAUUCCCAGUCCAGCACAAAAGUAGCUGUGAAAAUGCUGAAAUCUACGGCCAGGAGGAGUGAGACUCAGGCUCUGAUGUCAGAGUUGAAGAUCAUGAGUCACCUGGGUCCUCACCUCAACAUUGUGAACUUGUUGGGAGCUUGCACCAAACAAGGCCCUCUGUAUUUGGUGACCGAGUACUGUCGCUAUGGCGACCUGGUGGACUACCUGCACAGGAACAAGCACACCCUCCUGCAGAACUACGCCGAGAAGAACCAGGACGACGGCUGCCUCGUCUCUGGAGGAAGCACUCCGGUCAGCCAGAGGAAAGGCUAUGUCUCCUUUGGAAGUGAGAGUGAUGGAGGAUACAUGGACAUGAGUAAAGAUGAGCCCACCAUCUACAUGCCCAUGCAGGAGCAGAUGGACAGCAUCAAGUAUGCAGACAUCCAACCCUCGCCAUACGAGUCUCCCUACCAGCAUGACUUCUAUCAGGAACAAGGUGACGGCAGAUUGGACCUGGCCAUCAGCGACUCUUCUGUUCUCACCUAUGAUGAUCUGUUGGGCUUCAGCUACCAAGUGGCAAAGGGGAUGGAGUUCCUCGCCUCCAAGAAUUGCGUUCAUCGUGACCUCGCUGCCAGGAAUGUGUUGAUCUGUGAGGGGAAACUGAUAAAGAUCUGUGACUUCGGCCUGGCCAGAGACAUCAUGCAUGAUUCCAACUACAUCUCUAAAGGCAGCACCUUCCUGCCCCUGAAGUGGAUGGCACCAGAAAGUAUUUUCCAUAAUUUGUAUACCACCCUGAGCGACGUGUGGUCUUACGGCAUUCUCCUUUGGGAGAUUUUCACACUGGGAGGAACCCCCUACCCUGAUUUGCCCAUGAAUGAGUUGUUCUACAGAGCUUUGAAGAGAGGAUACCGAAUGGCCAAACCUGCACACGCCUCUGAUGAAGUUUAUGACAUCAUGAAGAAGUGCUGGGACGAGAAGUUUGAGACGAGGCCUGAGUUCUCAUUUCUGGUCCACAGUGUUGGGAAUAUGUUGGCAGACAGCUAUAAAAAGAAAUAUUGCCAAGUCAACGACAACUUCCUGAAGAGUGACCACCCGGCAGUCGCCCGCACCAAACCCAGGCUCUCCUCACCCUUUCCGAUCGCCAACCCAGCAUUCGGGUCCCCAUCCCCAAACUACCUCCCCCCGGACCCCUACAACCGGAGCCCGAGCCCUGGGGAAUUUAGACAAGAGGCAGACACACAGGAAGUCAUAACUUCAUACAACGAAUACAUCAUUCCCAUCCCAGACCCCAAGCCGGAGGAUGUUUUCACUCAUGGCACGUCAGAAAGCCCUGCAAGCUCUCUGGCUCUGGAGGACGAGACUGACUCCAUGUCGCAGGACACUGCCGACACUCUCCCAGAAGAGGACAGGCUGGAGGAGACCAGCGAGAGAGACGCUCUGCUGGGCUCCUCCGGGACGCCCGAUGUAGAAGACAGCUUCUUGUAGCCAUGUGUAAGAACCUGGAGAAAACAACGCUUUUCUUUGAAACCUGCUUGAAAAAUGAACGUGACUGUACUAUAAUGUAGCAAAAUUAAGCGUGAGAAGGCAAUCUUCCAUGAAGCACUCGCCCUUCUUUGGGGUUUUGUAUCAAACUUAGUACCUGUGAAUUAAAAUGGUUACAAAUAACGAGCAUAAUGUUACCAUUCAGUCAUUCAUUGUAAGCUUGACAUCAUUUAAAUUCGGUACUCUCCUCAACCUGCAUCGGUUUACAGUAAGUAAAAACUUAUGAGGCCUUAUGAGAUAUGUGCUUUUCAUGUUAGACACAUUUAGCCAUGUGCCCCCCCCCCCCCCCCGUUUACUGUUAGCAACCAGUGUAGAUUUUAUAUUUUGUUUUUACGAACAAUUUUAUUAUUUUUAAUAACACAAAAUGAUUAACACUACAACAUAAGCAAACCAUACACAAAUAUACAUAACAUACAGAACAAUGUGUAAUUCCCAUUUUAGUGGAAAUCAUUAUCAUUAUGUCCUGAACCACAAUCAGCCAUGAAAAGUAAGUCAUUGAAUUUACGACUAACAGCUGUAUUCACUGUAUUACAAUAUUUUUGUUAAAUAUUCCAGGACAUGAAAUACAGACAGAUUCUACAUGCACUGUUUUACAAUGAAAUUUUUUUUGUUGCAUAUGCCAUAGUGUCAGACCUUUCCAGUUUUCUUUUUUUUGUGAGAAUGAUAUGAAAUGUAUAUGACAUUUGUGAAUGAAUUUGUGAAGUUUUAUACUUGUUUUGUAUAGGUUUAAUUCAUAGUUCUGUGCCAGAUUUGCACUUUAUUUAGAAUUAUGUGGAUGUUCAUAAGGAAGAUAUACAGUAAAUAUACUCAAUAAAGAUUGAAUAGUUCAUCUGAGAAGCAUGUAGCUGUUACAGUGAUGCCAGGGGACUUUCUCAAGUGAAAAUACUAAAUACAGCGUAUCACUGCCUUAGCACAAGAUGGCACGCAGGAGUGCUUUUGUAUAGACUGACAAAUCUUUAUCUUGCAGCUAUUGUUGCUUGCCAAUAUGAAGGGCUACUGUACUCAAGAAACCUAGAUAGCCAUGUAUGUACACGUUAAAAAUGAUGCUUUUAGUCUUCUGAUGCAUUGUAUAGCAUUCCCUCACACAAUGUUUCCAACACAUAGUAAUUCUCUGUAGCAAUUUAAAAUGCACAAGAUCACUGUAUCACAAGCUAUGGUACCAAAGCUCUUUACAAAUGUAUUUUUAUAUGUGCCAUUUUUAUGUUGUAAAUGUGACAAUAAAUGUAUUAUCAUAGCAUCAC